CUUGCAUUCAUGUACCUAAAAAGCAGGGUCAUCUGAAAUACUCAAACCCAAAUUGAGUAGCAAAGAAAAGGAUAAAUUUACUUGUAACGGCUUUAGUUCAGUUACAAAUCAUAAAGGAGUAAUGGCAUCUUACUUUCAAGAACUGUGGCAGAGCAUUUUCGUUCCAGGCGUAACCCCAGUAUUAGCAAAGUCCGCUCAUGCCGCCUGUGCAGUGCUAGCUGUCUUAUUCAUAGCCCUGUAUAUUAGUACGAAAAGUGUGCAUUGUAUAAUUCUCUUACUAUUGACGCUGUGUCUUUGGUUAUCGUUAACAUGGUUUCUCGUUGAGCUUGCUCAUAGUCGUGUCCAAGGUAAUACAACAUCCGAACGUCCACCUCGAAACGAAAAAGAACAAACCAAGAGACCUACUACUUCUUCACUGGAUCAGAUUCAGAAUCUCUCUCUUCGCGAAGAGCCUUCGAGAGCUCGUAAAGCUAAAUAA